AAUAGGAUGCUCAGCCGGAGCUGGCCCUGCGCGUGACGCAGCGGAGCUCGGAGGCAGGGGGCGUAGGGGCCGGGCUGUCCGGCGCUUUAUCUUUCUCUGCCGCCCAGCAGGCGACGUUGCGGGCGCUGGGCGCCAGGAGAGGUUCCCGGAGCCGACCUUCCGGCUGGCCGCUCUGUGACUGCUUCCCGGCUCUGCCCUCUUGGCUGAAGUCCCCGCUGCCGGGCGCGGGCCUCAGACAAUACAAUGGUGGGUGAAGAGAAGAUGUCUCUAAGAAACCGGCUGUCAAAGUCCAGGGAAAAUCCUGAGGAAGAUGAAGACCAGAGAAAACCUGCAAAGGAGUCCCUAGAGGCACCUAGUAAUGGUCGAAUUGACAUAAAACAGUUGAUAGCAAAGAAGAUAAAGUUGACAGCAGAGGCAGAGGAAUUGAAGCCAUUUUUUAUGAAGGAAGUUGGCAGUCACUUUGAUGAUUUUGUGACCAAUCUCAUUGAAAAAUCAGCAUCAUUAGAUAAUGGUGGGUGUGCUCUCACAACCUUUUCUAUUCUUGAAGGAGAGAAAAACAACCAUAGAGCGAAGGAUUUGAGAGCACCUCCAGAACAAGGAAAGAUUUUUAUUGCAAGGCGAUCUCUCUUAGAUGAGCUGCUUGAAGUGGACCACAUCAGAACAAUAUAUCACAUGUUUAUUGCCCUCCUCAUUCUCUUUAUCCUGAGCACACUUGUAGUAGAUUACAUUGAUGAAGGAAGGCUGGUGCUUGAGUUCAGCCUCCUGUCCUAUGCUUUUGGCAAAUUUCCUACCGUUGUUUGGACCUGGUGGAUCAUGUUCCUGUCUACAUUUUCAGUUCCCUAUUUUCUGUUUCAACGUUGGGCCACUGGCUAUAGCAAGAGUUCUCAUCCGCUGAUCAAUUCUCUCUUCCAUGGCUUUCUUUUCAUGGUCUUCCAGAUUGGAAUUCUAGGUUUUGGACCAACAUAUGUUGUGUUAGCAUAUACACUGCCACCAGCCUCCCGGUUCAUCAUUAUAUUCGAGCAGAUUCGUUUUGUAAUGAAGGCCCACUCAUUUGUCAGAGAGAACGUGCCUCGGGUACUAAAUUCAGCUAAGGAGAAAUCAAGCACGGUUCCAAUACCUACAGUCAACCAAUAUUUGUACUUCUUAUUUGCUCCUACCCUUAUCUACCGUGACAGCUAUCCCAGGAAUCCCACUGUAAGAUGGGGUUAUGUCGCUAUGCAGUUUGCACAGGUCUUUGGUUGCUUUUUCUAUGUGUACUACAUCUUUGAAAGACUUUGUGCCCCCUUGUUUCGGAAUAUCAAACAGGAGCCCUUCAGCGCUCGUGUUCUGGUCCUAUGUGUAUUUAACUCCAUCUUGCCAGGUGUGCUGAUUCUCUUCCUUACUUUUUUUGCCUUUUUGCACUGCUGGCUCAAUGCCUUUGCUGAGAUGUUACGCUUUGGCGACAGGAUGUUCUAUAAGGAUUGGUGGAACUCCACGUCAUACUCUAACUAUUACAGAACCUGGAAUGUGGUGGUCCAUGACUGGCUAUAUUACUAUGCUUACAAGGACUUUCUCUGGUUUUUCUCCAAGAGAUUCAAAUCUGCUGCCAUGUUGGCUGUCUUUGCUGUAUCUGCUGUAGUACACGAAUAUGCCUUGGCUGUUUGCUUGAGCUUUUUCUAUCCCGUGCUCUUUGUGCUCUUCAUGUUCUUUGGAAUGGCUUUCAACUUCAUUGUCAAUGAUAGUCGGAAAAAGCCAAUUUGGAAUGUUAUGAUGUGGACUUCUCUUUUCUUGGGCAAUGGAGUCUUACUCUGCUUUUAUUCUCAAGAGUGGUAUGCACGUCAGCACUGUCCUCUGAAAAAUCCCACAUUUUUGGAUUAUGUCCGGCCACGUUCCUGGACUUGUCGUUACGUGUUUUAGAAGCUUGGACUUUGUUUCCUCCUUGUCACUGAAGAUUGAGUAUUCUCCCUGAUUUGGAGCCAGCUGUUUCCAGUUGCUACUGAAGUUAUCUGUGUUAUUUGAACCACUCCAGGCUUUACAGAUGACUCACUACUCCGUUCUUAGGUCACUUGAAGCAAAACUGUUGGAAGUUCACUGGAGUCCUGUACACUUAAGCAGAGCAGAACUUUUUUUGUGGGGCUGGGUCGAGGGAGAAGGCAGACUAAUAGCUGAAGUAAUGACAGAUUGUUGCUGGGUCAUAUCAGCUUUAUCCCUUGGUAAUUAUAUCUGUUUUGUUUCUUGACUCCGUCCAAUCAGAGAAUAAACAUCAUUGUUUCUUGGCCACUGAAUUAGCCAAAACGCUUAGGAAGAAAUCACUUAAAUACCUCUGGCUUAGAAUUUUUUUCAUGCACACUGUUGGAAUGUAUGCUAAUUAAACAUGCAAUUGGGGAAGAAAAAAUGUAGAACGAUUUUUGCUAUUUCUAGUAGAAAAAAAAAGUCUGUUUUCCAAAGAUAAUGUUAUACAGCCUAUUUUGUAAUUUUUUUGAAAAAAGUUCAAUUUUCCUGUUUUUACCUUGUUUUCUCUAUAGAUCAUGAUUUCUGUGAAGCAAAAAGAUGCCUUUACCAUGAAUUCUUGAGUUUACAUUAAUAAUACUGUAUAUUAAGGGGAUCAGAAGUAGGAAGGAAAAAAUAAGAGAUAGCAGAGGAAAAAGAAAAACAUUUCCUCUUAUAACUUCCGAAGUAAUUUGUAAAAAAGAUUUGUAGAGUCAAUCAUGUGUUUAAAUUAUUUUAUCACAAACUUAACAUGGAUGAUAUUCCUUUUUAACUUUAUGGUAAUAACUUCUUUGAAGUUAUUUAGAAAUAUCCUUUGGAACAAUUAUUUUAUUGCCUAAUAAAUACUGACUUUAUCUUGAAUUAUUUUGCAGACUAGUGAGUCUGUAACAUAAGUAUUAAUCACUUCCACUCAUAUUAAAGUGAUCAUUAAGGAUCCAGAAGCUGGCUUCUGUGUUUGCUCAGUUAUUAUACUUGUAACUGUAGUAGGUUUUUAGGUGGAAUAAAUUAAUACGUGAUUGGUUUCAAGGAAAUGUACUCUUAUUAUGUAAUACUUUCAUUUUAUAAGAUGCCCAUUUCUAAUACCAUGUGUGUAGAAAUUAUUUGUAUGUAUGAGGUAUGAUUGUAAAGAUUGAGCAUUGGAAGAGGUAUCAGAGACCAUGUAGUUCAACUUUCCACUCAAAGUAAGAUUUACGAAUUAUUUAAAUGAUUGUUGUUACUUGGAACAGCCACUUGAGAGGCUCUCUUGGUAUUGUUUGGAAUUGUUUUAAAGUCAGUUUGAGUCUCACAAGAAGGUAAGUAGAAUUUCUUAAUAGUCACAACUUAAUUUGAACCACAAGUAUCUGGCUUAAUCAUGUAUCUUAUUCACAAUACAACUGAUGAGUUUAGGUAAUUUUCAAACAUUAAAUCCAACUUCAGUGGACACAAAUACACCUCAAAGGAGGUUAUUUUUAAAAAAGUAUUCUGCAUGUUCCCGCAGUAAUGUUCUGCACAACAGUAUUGUAAUUGUAAUGGAAUCAUAACCUCCUAACUAGUUUGCUUUAAUAUGGCUUGUAAUUCUUGACAUUUUUCUUAAAAUUAAAAUGAAUCAGUCUCUUGAAUUUAUAACUGCAUUUUAAAUAUAUUGGGAACAGAUUGCUCUAAGGCCUGGUUAUGAGCAAGCCAAUCUUUUGAAUCUAAAGAAUGGAAUUCUUAGGUUUAUAUUUCUGUUAAGAAAUACUAUAAAUAUGACUCUUAUGAGAAGACUUUGUUGCUCUGUAGUGUUUCUGAAUACUAUAUUUGUUGGAUUGAUCAAGGCUAUUUUUCAAAAAGCUCUCUGCUUCCUGUUUGUUUGUUUGUUUGUUUGUUUUUAGACGGAGUCUUGCUCUGUUGCCCAGGCUGGAGUGCAAUGGCAUGAUCUCGGCUCACUACAACCUCUGCCUCCCUGCUUCAAGCGAUUCUCCUGCCUCAGCCUCCUGGGUAGCUGGGAUUACAGGCCCACGCUACCACGCCCGGCUAAUUUUUGUAUUUUUAGUAGAGACGGGGUUUCACCAUGUUGGUCAGGCUGGUCUCAAACUCCUGACCUUGUGAUCUGCCCGCCUCAGCCUCCCAAAGUGCUAGGAAUACAGGCGUUAGCCACCGUGCCCGGCUUCUGUUUCCUGUUAUUAGUGAUUUUUCUGCCCGAGAUUGCGACAACAAAUAUGUAGAACUAUACACUGUUUAGAAUGCUGAGACUGCUCUAAGAAACUUUCAAAAACAGUAGCACUUCAAGGAAUGCUCACUUUCUGUGAAAGAAACUGGUUUGAUAGCCAUAAUCUUAUUGCUAGCUGCUUUUAGCAAAAGUCUUUUCUUGAAACCACCCCCAUACUCUUUAAAGAAAUAAAAACUAAAAUCUCUUGUUAA